UCAAACAUUUAUAUUUCACUGCCUGAGAGGCAGACACACUUCACAGGGAACACAGUGAGUGAUCAAGACAUAAUAUAGAGUUCAUACAUCUCUGGAACUUUUUGGAUAAAACUAGACCCUGAAACAAGACAACACCUACGUCUGUCAUCUCAUCUACACUAAGGAUGUCUUUAUGUGGUAGUUUUCUGUCUGACGAGCAGUUCCAGUGCUCCAUCUGCCUGGAUGUGUUCAAUAACCCUUCGUCCACACCAUGUGGCCACAGCUUCUGCAUGGCCUGUAUCAGCAGAUACUGGGAUGGAUCUAAGGUUUGCCAGUGUCCUCUGUGUAAGAAAACCUUCCAGAAGCGACCAGACCUCCAGAUCAACAGGACGCUGCGAGAGAUCACCGAGCAGUUCAGGUCCAUGAGGGGAGGUGGAGUCACGGGGAGGGAGAAGAGAGGAGGAAGAGGAGGUGGAAGAGGAGGAGAUGGAGCCAUACAUGAUUUAUUUGAGGAAUUGAGGAAGAAGCUGCCUCGACAUCUGCCGAAGCCAGCAAUGACGCUGACCCAGGACGCCCAAUCCCAAGGUGUGUCCAUCCCAACGUUGUCUCCACCAGUCACGACUCCACUGGCUUCUUCAGUACCAAACAACAGUCCGAUCACUGCCCUGAACCACACCUCUGGACCUCCUCUGCCUCCUCCUCCUCCUCCACAAUUCUCCCGCUCCAGUGGCCGCAGAAGGUUCACCGUGAGCGGGGCUGCGAGCAGCCAGAGCAGCCCUGUCUGUGAGAUCCACCACAGGGGAAUAAUGAUUUACUGUAGGACUGAUCGAGUGUGUAUUUGCCCUGAUUGUAAGGCUGAGGACCAUCAGGAUCAUGACACCGUGACUGUCGAAGAUGAAUGGAUGGAAACUAAGUCCCACCUGAGUGUAUCAGAGCAGAAGAUCCAGGAGAUGAUCAGACAGAGAAUCAGGAAGAUCGAAGAGAUCAGAAUGUCAGUCAGUGAACUGGAGUUGGCAGUGGAGCGAGAGACAGCAGGCAGUGUUUGCCUGUUUUCCGCUCUGAUGACUGCCAUUGAGCACUCCCAGGCUGAGCUGAUGGAAGUGAUGGACAUGAGCCGAAGGGCGGCUGAGCACCAAGCCGACGCCAUGAUACGACAACUGGAGCUGGAAGUCGAAGAACUGCGGAGAAGAGAAAGCGCCCUCACUGAGCUUGCCCAGUCAGAUGACUAUAAUCACUGUGUCAAGAUGUUCCCCGUCCUCUCCAGUCCUCCAGCUACCAAAGACUGGUCUGGAGUGUCGGUGAACCCUGACCUGGGAACAGGGACCAUCUACAGGUCGCUGUCAGUUCUGGUGGAGAAGUUCCAGGAGGAGCUGAAGACUGUUGCAGAAACAGGUUUUCCUGCCUCUGUGCUAGAACCCAGUCCAGUUCGAACACAGCCCAGGAUAAAGAGGAUACAGGAGUAUGCAGUGGAUGUAACUUUGGACAACAACACUGCCCAUCCAAGACUGAUUCUGUCAGAGGACAUGAAGAGUGUGAGGUGUGGAGACCGACACCAGAUGCUUCCAGAUAAUCCAGAAAGGUUUGAUAGAGUCGUCUGUGUCCUGGGGAGGGAGGCUAUUUCCUCUGGGAGACACUACUGGGAGGUGGAGGUGGGUGGGAAGACAGACUGGGAUCUGGGGGUGGCCCGGCAAUCAAUCAACAGGAAGGGGAAGAUUGAAGUUACCCCAAUGAAUGGAUACUGGUUCCUCAGCCUAAGAGACAAGAACAAGUAUGCCUUUCGCACUGAACCCUCCACAGACGUCCACUUGAACCUCCGACCACAUAAGAUUGGAGUAUUUGUGGACUUUGAGAAAGGACAGGUGUCUUUCUACAAUGUUGAUGCUAAAAUCCACAUCUACACUUUCAGUGACACUUUCACCGAAUGCAUCUACCCGUUCUUUAGCCCUUGUACUAAUAAAUCAGGAAAGAACGACGGGCCACUGAUUAUCACUCCAGUAAACAUGACAGAGUGACCGGAAACACCCGAGAGUUUUAUUUUUUGUUUCUUCUGCUCCUUUUGAUAUAUUUACAAACUUGUGCACUUGGUUCCCCUGAAAAAAAAAAAAAAAAAAACUCUUGUUAGCAGAUGUUGUGUCUGUCAAUUCAUAUAGGUGAAACAUUUUUAUGUAUUUUUCACCAAUCCUUUAAUAAAACAAUCACAUUUUCUGUUAAUCUGGGCAUGUAUAUUGGAGCAUUAUUUUUGUGGUCAUUAUCUCAGGCCAUAUCUUUGGUCGUCUUGCCGAUAGUUCGAUGAGAAGAUUGAUACCACUCUCUAAGCUAAGCCAGUUAACUGUUAGCUUAGUCUUAGCUAAGCUAACCAGCUACUGACAUGAGAGUGGUGCUGAUCUUCUAACAAGAAAGUUUACAAGUCUAAUGAUAAAGAGCUUUAUGUUAGUGCAUUAUGAAUUAAAAUACUGUGACAAGAUGACAAAAUGCAGAAUACUUACUUUCAUUUUACAACACGAUUACUGGUAUGAAAGUAGACCAUUGAAGGUGUUGAUUAUCUUGAGAUGAUUACUCUUAUUCAUCUCAUUAAUAACAUUAAAACAUAACAUUAUUCAGUAUAUUUUACUUCAGUAGGGUGGGUGAAAGUACUGUUGGUCUCAUGCUAAAAAAAUACUCCCUGCUUUUGAGUAAAAAAACUGAUGAAUAUGAAAGUUUAUUUUAUGUAAAAGAUGCGUUUCCCUUCCUUUGUAACAGUCACUGUAGUUCAACAGUUUGACCACUAGGGGGAAGAGUUGUCACAUCAGUGGAGAAACUCUUGUCUGUAAAUGAAGAAGCAGGUUCAUCCUCCUAAAAAUGCAAACUCAAACACACAGUGUUUUUUUUUCUCAUUGAGAUUUUCGGUUGUAGUUUCUAUUCUUAUAUAAAUAUUAAAUACAUCCAUUUACAGUGGUGAAAAGUAACAUACAGUGAGUACAUUUACUUGUGCACUGCACUCCGUUGUCAUGUACUUUAUACUUAAACUCCACUACAUUUCAGAGGAAAACACUUUUAACUGCUUUUAAUUUUAAAUAACUUUUAAUUGCUUUUUAUUCCACUAUUAUUUAUUUGACAGUUGUAAUCACCAGUAAGAUUCUUGCAUAAAAAUAUGAUGGAUUUCCUCUUCUUCCCCAGUUUCAUUUAAAUAACCCAGAGAGGUCAAACUAUCCACCACUUCCAAAAAUGAAUGCAAAUUUGCGUGUCAGAACUUUGUUUUUUCUUCUGUCUUUUCAAAUGUAAUCAUUGUUUUUAAAUUGUAAAGAAAGAAAUUUUGAUUGCUACCAUUUUACCUCCUACACACAGGUUUUAAAGUAUGAUGUGUCAUGUUUAAAAAUGCUUUAUCUUCAUUGGCAUCUGCAGUUGAAUAGUCCUUGAAACAAAAGAUAUGAGAAAAGAUAAGAUCAGCAAGUGUGAAGGUCAAACUGUGUCAUCGUUCUGAACUUUUAUUAAUGGAUGGAGGAUCUGAAAUCCAGCAGAUUCAUUGUCACGUGCUGAAUUAUCAGAAACAGAAUCAGCACAGAGCAGCUGAGAUGUCACGUAGUCCAAUUCAAACCUGCAUGGACACAGAAAUUUGGAUGAUGUUAGAGUCACAUGUACAGGGAGAUGAAUAACCAGAUUAUACUGGGUUAAAGAAAUUAUCACUACCAAGCGCAGGUGUGUCGGUGACUUCCAUUUAAAAAAAAAAAAAACAAAACAUGUUUUGUGCACUGUCACAGUGACCUUUGACUUCUGACAGCCAAAUUCUAAUCAGUCUGUCAUCCAGGUCAUGAUAGAGUUGAAGGCAACUGGACUUCUUUUAGGUUUCUUGAUGACGUUUCACCUUUCAUUAGUUCUAAAGACUGGUUGAAGAGUCAUGUGAGUCACAUAAUGUUAGGUUGGAGCAACAACCAACCAACAAGUCACACCUGGAGCUUGUGUGACCCUAAAGACUUACAUGACAGCAGGGUCUGUUAACGACUCUCAGGACCACCUCCAAAAGGUUAAACACCUGGGACUCCCCAACAAGCCUCUAGAACUGAGGAAGCCUUUCGAAUGAGAGAUGAAAUGUCUUCAAGAAACCUAAACUAAGUCCAGUUGCCUUCAACUCAAGCACUUAAGACAAAUUCUAAUCAGUUCAUCUUUGAGUCCAAGUGAAUGUUUGUGCCAACCUUGUAAGGAUUUGCUUGAGAUGUUCUUGAGAUGUUGCGCUCAAGAAUGGAUUUUGAAUUCACUCUGACUUUGACUUUUGGCCUCUGACCAACAGAUUCAAGUCAGUUCAUCUUUUGUUUUCAGUAGAGCUACUGAGGACUGAGAUUUCUCUCCUAAGUAGGAAAUACUUGUUUGUAGGAUGAACUCAUUUUUGGCUUUGGCCAUUGUUGAUUUAUUACUGAUAAGCAAAACAUAGAACAUCACCACUUAAUUUACUCUUGCCAGAAGCCAGAAACCAAGUCCAGGUAUUCUCCCUGCUUAGAUUACUGUCUAAAAAUACCCCAAGGAGAAAUCACUGAGAUUGUACUGGGUGUAAUUUUGUAAUUUAAACCUGCUGAUACAGUUACAGUAAAAGAAUAACAAGACAUUUACGCUGGUGCAAAUUUUUCUUAAUGCCCCCAGGGUUGAUUUACAGUUUACUCAUUCAUGAAGAAAUGUAAUAUAACAAGAGUUAGUUGAAUGACAGCUUGAGAGAGGAGGUUAAUUGCCACCAGUGUUUGCACCUUUGAGUCAAGUGGGCGUGCUUGUGUUAACGACUGUUAAUGACUGAUUAUUUGCAAACUAUUUCUCUUUUGGUUCAGACAUUUGUGGUUCCCAAAGGAUGAGUUCUACUAAUUUUGGUGAUCCUCUGACUUUAGCUCUAGUGCGAUCCUGAGUCGAGCAUGUUUUGUUUUCAGGCAAAUAUCUCGACAACUACUGGAUGAAAUUAGGCAAAUAUACUCUUUGUUAAAAUGAAUCAGAUUGAUUUUGUUGAUAUCCUGACAUUUGUUCUCAGUGCCACCGGCAGGUCGAAGUUUUCACUUGGAUGGUUGGUGGUCGUUUGAUGAAAACCAAGUUUGUUUAGUACAACACACCAUAUAUGCUGAAUUAAUGUGUGAAUUAAAAAGUAUUAGUUCUAGAUUUUGAUCCUGUAGCAAUUUUGUUCUUAAGGGGUGAAAAUCCCCAGUCAAAUUUGCAAGUAAUCAAAUUCCCAGCGACCAAAGGACACAAAGUCAAUCUGGAGGUUUUGGGGCCCUCAGGCAGUGGCUUCUUUAACUGCUUGGUAAUUCGACUUUGCUUAUCACCUUUUACCUGUACUGCAGGCUACAGCCCUCAACAAAGAGAGGACCCAUUUUUCUCCCAUGAGAAAGUAUUUCAUUUCAAGUUUUAUGUGUAAGCGACUCAGGUGUGGGAUGGGGAACAACAGCACUUAAAUGCAAAUAUAAGCAGAUAUAUCUGGUCCUAACCGUGUGGACUCCAUACUAAGCUUUAUAGCUGCUACAAAUUUCUCAUUUAAUACUUAAUUUGAAAGAUUUUGAAAAAUGUUUUUCCAGAUGAUAAUAUGAAUUCAGGAAAAGUCAUCAAAUUUCAUGCUGAAGGAAUAGUUUUGGAAAUCAUUUGCUAACGGUAUGCUAAAAAUAAAGUUGUAGCCCGGACACAUCAACAUUACUUGACACGUUGCAUCUAACUACAACUAACUACAAACUGAAAUGUAAAAGUGACUCAGUGAAUAGUUUCUGGGCUGGGCCUGUGAAUUCCUGAUGUCUUGGCUGGAUGCCUGGCAUUGAAAAGAUGACUCUCAAGUCUCCGCCAAAACCAGGAAACUGCUCUAGCACAUGACGCCCUGGUAAAUAUCACCCUGUCAUUCUUACACUUCUGUUUGUGUACAUGUCAAACAUUCAUAUCCAUACAGACAUGAGAGUGAUACUCUCACCAAAGUCGGAAGCAUGUCUGUUCUUGCUGAAUAUUAAAAACACAAGACCAAGAUUUUCAAUCAUCUUCAUUAAUCAGCUUUACUGAAAAUGAUUCACACAACAAAAUCACUUAUGAUAGUCAAUUAUUUUAAAAAAAGAAUGGAAUAUCAUAUGAAUGUAAAUAUUCCAACAAAUAAUCAUCUUUUGGGAAAAUGGGAAAAAAAAAUGACAACAGAAAAACAAAUGUCAGCAGAAAGUCUUUAUGCUAAGCUAAGCUAACUGGCUGCUAGCUGUAGCUUCAUAUUGAGAGUGGUAUUGAUCUUCUCAUCUAAAUCUCAGCAGCAUAUUUCACUAAAAUGUCGGAAGGCGGAACUUGACAGGGACAAUCAAUUUUGCAAGGAUGGUUUUUGGACAUUGACUUUGUUGUUAUAUUUUGGUUUAAAAUGCUUCCCCUUAUAAAUACCAAGUCAUUCAAAAAGAUUUAAAAGCUGUAUCUCUAAUGAUGCAUACAGUGAACUUAAGAGGGAUUGUACCAUAGGAAUUAAGUUAUGUAAAUCUGCAUUUAAAAACAUCUUAAAUUUCUGUUUACAACCUAGAUUUUUAUUGUUGUUUAGUGUUAAUUCUUGUGUUCUUCUUGUGAAAGACAAGCAUAGUGGUUUCCAGCCCAUUGUGUUGGGUUUGGUGUUGUAGUCUUAUCCUGUUUACAGACCAACUGCUACAAUAAACAAAGGUUGGUUAA